AGACCUGGAGUUCAUGGUGCGGGUCCUGCUCUAUGUGCUGAUCUUCCUGCUCAGCGUCUUCGGGAACUCGCUGAUCAUCAUGGUGCUGGUGCUGAAUCGCCGCCUGCGCACGGUUACCAACUCCUUCUUGCUCUCACUGGCGCUGAGCGACCUGCUGCUGGCACUGUGCUGCAUGCCCUUCACCCUUGUGCCCAACCUCAUGGGCACCUUCGUCUUUGGCCCCACUGUCUGCAAGCUCGUGGCCUAUCUCAUGAGCAUCUCUGUCAGCGUCUCCACCUUCAGCCUGGUGGCGAUCGCCAUCGAGCGGUACAGCGCCAUCUGCAACCCGCUGCAGUCUCGCGUGUGGCAGACCCGCUCCCACGCCUACCGGGUCAUCGCCAGCACGUGGCUGCUGUCUCUGCUGCUUAUGCUGCCCUAUGCCAUCUUCAGCACCACCGUGCCCGCCCGGCCUGGCUUCACCCAGUGCCAGCACCGCUGGCCCAGCCAGCCCUUCAAACAGGCCUGGUACAUCCUGCUGCUUCUCAUCCUUUUCUUCAUCCCUGGCACGGUGAUGGCCGUGGCCUACGGACUCAUCUCCCGUGAGCUCUACCGCGGCAUCCGCUUCGAGAUGGAUGUCAAGAGAGAAGCCACCGGUCUCCAGCACGGCAGCACGGAGCCCCUGGCACCGGGGGUGGAGGACGACGGCUGCUACGUGCAGCUGGCCAGGCCGGGGGGGGCGCUGGAGCUGAGCUUGCUGGGCCGGGCGGGCACGGGGCAGCAGGACCGCGCCCGCAUUAACAGCUCGCAGGCCAUGCUGCUGGCCAAGAAGCGGGUGAUCCGCAUGCUGAUCGUCAUUGUGGUGAUGUUCUUCCUCUGCUGGCUGCCCAUCUUCUCCGCCAACACCUGGCGUGCCUUUGCCUCGGCCUCGGCUCAGCGGGCGCUCUCGGGCGCCCCCAUCUCCUUCAUCCACCUGCUGUCCUACACCUCGGCCUGCACCAACCCACUCAUCUACUGCUUCAUGAACCGGCGCUUCCGUUCCGCCUUCGUCGCCACCUUCGCCCGCUGCCGCCCCCGGCGCCCCCGCCUCCCCCCGCCCGACGACGACAUGCCUGCCACUGGCGCCUCCCUCUCCAAGAUCAGCUACACCACCGUCAGCAGCCUGGGGCCCACCUAGCACCCCCCCAUCAGCAGCCAAGUGCCCCCCCAUCAGCAGCCUGGGGCCACUUUGAGUCCCCUCUGCCCAACCAUCAGCCCCUGUCCCCCCAGGGCUACACUGCCCCAUGGACUCCUGAAGGCCGGGGCCUGGGCUCCCUGGUGCUGCAAGUGGGGCCUAGGGGCUGGGAAAUGGAGGGGCUCUGCCGUGGCUGAGGACUGGGCUGGGCUUGGGCGCCAGCCCUCCCGGUUUGGCUGGAAGUCUGGAAUCAGGCUCCAUCUCCCCAGGGGUGACAGGGGUGCCAAGCCUGGGGCAGGGUCUAGGGGGGUGAUGCGGGAGCCGUGCCCGGGUCCGGGGGUGACGGGGGA